UUUAGCCUAGAAUUAACUCAAUUUUCCCAAUCGUAUCUUCUAUUUAAUGUGAAAAAAAAACGAAAUGACGAAAAAUCCACGAGCAACUCGUCGUAUUCGUGGGUUUUAUUUUCCUAUUCACUCUAAUAAUUUGUGAACAAAAAACGAAAUGCCGUGAAGGAAAAAAAAAAAAGGUUAAUAGAUCUUUACUCCCUGUAAUAUAGGUCAUUUCCGGUUUUCCCGUAAAAUAUAGGUCUUCUAUUUAAGGGAGGUGUAAUUAAAAUUAAACUGUGUAUCUGAAAUGGUACGGAAAAAAACAUGUUUCAAGGAACACACACAGCUGAGUUCAACAUCAACUUAAAAUAAGGAUCUGCAGUUAGGUUCGGUCUGAUUCUAAUUUGCGGCGCCGCGGUUUUCUUCAAAAUAUCUUCCACUACCGCCACCAACAUGGGUCGUUUUUCAAGGUCCUCCUUUCUCUCUUCUUCCAGUUUCCAGCAGCUCCGCCGUCAGUUUUCGUCGGAGUCGGAGUCAGUGAAACGGGUGCGGAACAUAUGGAUAUCGGGGCUCAACGACGUCCCUAGCAAGGGAAGCUCCAUAGAGGAUAGAUUACAGGAUGACUUAAGUAGAGAAGAGGAGAUAUAUUAUGCUAAAUUUUAUGGUUUUAUAAAACAUACUAUCUGCUAUAUACAGGGGAGACGCCCAGCUGUCAAUUCUUUCGUCUGGAAAAACUAUCAAAACUAUUUGAUUAACAUAAUUCACUCACCUGAUUUCACUCUUGAGGAGGUUCAGACUGCUUUGCCUGCCUUUGAUUGCGGUGCCAUUCUUGCUCUUUCUAGCGUUGCUGGGGUGCAAACUCAAUCCAUUACUUUUGAUAAGCUAAUGUUAAGAUAUCAACUUCCAAGACUUGUAUUUAUCAACAGCCUUCACCACAAGGGAGCAAAUCCGUGGCAGGUUAUAGACCAAGCAAGAUCUAAGCUUCAACAUCAUAGUGCUGCAAUCCAAGUUCCUAUAGGCUUGGAAGAUGAUUUUAAGGGACUUGUUGAUCUUGUUCAAUUAAAGGCCUACUAUUUUCACGUAGAAAAGGUUGUCGUUGAACAAGUCCCUGAAGAAGUUCCUGAAGAUAUGGAAGACUUCGUGUCAGAAAAAAGGCGUGAGCUCAUACAAACUGUGUCUGAGGUGGACGAUAAACUUGCUGAAGCUUUUCGCUGUGACAAGCCCAUAUCAGCACCUGAUCUUGAGGAAGCAGUUCGUAGGGCCACCAUAGCACACAAAUUUAUACCAGUAUUCAUGGGUGAUGCUUUCAAAUAUAAUAAGGGGCUACAACUACUUUUGGAUGGUGUAACUAAUUAUUUGCCCUGUCCAAUUGAAGCUAGUGCUUAUGCUCUCGAACGAUCUAAGAACGGGGAAAAGCGUACGCUUGUGGCAUCGGCUUUCACAUUGAAGGAGAAUUGGAAGCAUGGUCAGAUAACAUAUCUAAGAAUAUAUGAGGGUGUCAUUCGGAAGGGGGAUUUUAUUACAAACGUUAACACUGGCAAGACGUUCGAGGUUCCUCGAUUGUUUCGGAAGCGUAAUGAUUGUUUGGAUGUAAUUCAAGAGGCUCAUGCUGGAGAAAUAGUUGCUGUAUUUAAUGUCAAUUAUGUACCAGGAGAUACUUUUACUGAUGGGUUAGUAAGAUAUACAAGAAGUACUUCUGUUGAUGCUUCAAAAUAUUUGAAUGGCUUCCAAGGAAAGGAUUCUACAACUUCCCGAGAUGGUUUGGAGAUGGGGGAGGAAUCACCAGUUUCGAGGGGGUAUGCCAAUGAUCGAUUGAUAAUGAUUAAUUUGAUAAACUCAGAAAUCAUGUGUUAAAUUAUAACUUGGUGAUGAGAGCACGUGUGCAAAUGUUUUCUUUUUAACUCUUGCAUAAAUGAAAGAUCUGAUUUGCCGUUAUGCUUGUGUAUCUACUAUAUUACAUUUACUGUGCAUUUGUUAUUGAUUUUAAUUUCUAAAUGUAUGUAUUUCAUUACACAUGUAAAUAAAAUAAAUUAUUUAUGAUA